UGUCAUCUCUCGCCUCUCUGUUCUGUUCUUUCACAACCAUCCUUCUCCUGCCUCUGUGUUUCUGCUCUACAACUUCCUUCUUGUCCUGCUCUCCUGCCUCCAAUUGCCAUCUUUAUCCAACCUUCCCACAGGCUCCCUUAUUUCCUUUCUUCCCUAUUUGUUUCUUACUGCCUACUUUUAAACUAUUUUUUCUCACUUUUUUUCUCUUCAACACAGUCAUAUAAUCAAUUACAGAAAUGUCUGAAGCUGAUUGGAAAUCGAAACUUAAUUUACCCAAAAAAGACACUCGUCCACAAACAGAAGAUGUUCUUAAUACAAACGGCUCUUCUUUUGAAGACUUUCAAUUAAAAAGAGAACUAUUAAUGGGAAUAUUUGAAGCCGGUUUUGAAAGCCCCUCUCCUAUCCAAGAAGUUGCAAUCCCUGUCGCAAUAACCGGUAGAGACAUUCUUGCUAGAGCCAAAAACGGUACCGGUAAAACUGCUGCUUUCAUUAUUCCUACUCUACAAAAGAUAAAGCCAAAAGUAAACAAAAUCCAAGCUCUAAUCUUGGUUCCAACAAGAGAAUUAGCUUUACAAACUUCUCAAGUUUGUAGAACCUUAGGUAAACAUCUUAACUUAAAAUGUAUGGUAACAACUGGUGGUACUUCCCUUAGAGACGAUAUCCUUAGAUUACAUGACCCUGUCCAUGUCUUAGUUGGUACUCCCGGUAGAGUUCUUGAUCUAUGUUCACGAAAAGUCGCUGAUUUAUCUGAAUGCCCUCUCUUCAUAAUGGAUGAAGCUGAUAAAAUGCUAUCAAGAGAAUUCAAAGAAAUCAUUGAAAAAAUCUUAAAAUUCUUUCCAAAAGAUCGUCAAUCUCUUUUAUUUUCUGCCACUUUCCCUCUAACUGUCAAAUCCUUUAUGGAUGACCAUCUCUCCAAACCUUACGAAAUCAAUUUGAUGGAUGAAUUAACCCUCAGAGGUAUCACCCAAUAUUACGCCUUCGUCGAAGAACGCUCAAAAUUACACUGUCUAAACACCCUAUUCUCAAAAUUAAGAAUCAACCAAUCAAUCAUCUUCUGCAAUUCAACUAAUAGAGUCGAAUUAUUAGCUAAAAAGAUCACUGACCUAGGCUAUUCCUGCUACUUUUCUCAUGCAAGAAUGCCUCAAGCUGAUAGAAACAAAGUCUUCCAUGAAUUUAGACAAGGUAAAGUCAGAAAUCUAGUUUGCUCAGAUUUAUUAACAAGAGGUAUAGAUAUUCAAGCUGUUAACGUUGUUAUUAAUUUUGAUUUCCCAAAGACCGCUGAAACUUACUUGCAUCGUAUUGGUAGAUCUGGUAGAUACGGUCAUUUAGGUCUAGCUGUAAAUUUAAUCAACUGGAAUGAUCGAUACAGUUUAUUUAAAAUUGAACAAGAAUUAGACACAGAAAUUAAACCAAUCCCGGCUGAAAUUGAUACUAAAUUAUAUGUCGCUGAUAAUGAAGAAUCUGUUCCAAGACCUAUUCCAAUUGAAUCCCUCCCAAAUGCAAACGUUAGAAAUUAUUCUCGUCAAAACUAUAAUCAUAACAAUAAUAACAACAUUUCUCAAAAUUAUAACCAAACCAACAAUUUUAAUCAAGACUCACAAAAAAAUAGAGAUCUUCAGAAUCAACAAAAUCAACAAAAUCAACAACAAAUACCUCAACCAUCUCAGCCAUCUCAAAACCAAUCCCAACUAUCCCAACCAUCUCAACCACCCCAACAACAAACCCAACCACCCCAACAACAAAUCCAAUCUCAAAACCAACCACAACAAUCCCAACCUCCAAUACAAUCCCAACCUCCAAUACAACCUCAACCUCAACCUCAACCUCAAUCCCCAUCUCAAUCCCAGCCUCAACCUCAACUCCAAGAUAACCAGCAACCUCAAUUACAACAACCUCAACAACAAACCCCUGAAAUUAAACCAAAAAUUUAUCCUCAACCUCCACAAUCUCAAAUGCAACCUCAACCUGUUUAUCCACCAAGAAUGAACCAGAUACCUUAUGGAUAUCAACAAAAUUUCAUGCCUCUUCCUCAGAAUUAUCCCGGUUAUCCUCCAAGAGGCUACCCUUCUCAAUUUCAAAUGCCUUAUCAAGGGGGUUAUCCACCUCAAUAAACUAACUAUUAAUCAAUUUAAAUUAGUUUUUUUUUUUA